UAUGGAGGCCUUGAAAGAUGACAAGGUCAGCAUAAUUGGAAUAUGUGGGAUGGGGGGUGUGGGUAAGACCACACUAGUGAAACAAGUUGGCAUACUAGCCAAAGAGCAAAAGUUGUUUGAUUCAAUAGUAAUGGUGGUUGUGUCCCAAACCCCAAAUAUCAUGAAUAUUCAAGCCGAAAUUGCUGAAAUGCUAGGUCUGACUUCAUUCUCGGUUAACUCUAAAUCAGCAAGAGCAAGUUCUCUAUGGGAGAGAAUUAAGAAAGAGGAACGAAUCCUCAUAAUAUUGGAUGAUAUUUGGAGAAGAAUUCAAUUGGAGGAGAUUGGCAUUCCUUUUGGGAAGGACCAUGGAGGUUGUAAGAUCGUGCUUACCUCUCGAAGGAAAAAUGUAUGCGAUCAAAUGGGCUGUGACAGGACAUUUACUGUUGGAACUUUGACAAAACAGGAGUCAUGGGCGCUAUUCAAGGAGCUUGUUGGAAUGGAUGUUGAAAAUUCUAUUAUAAGUUCGAUCGCAAGAGAAGUAACCGCUGAAUGUGAUGGUCUGCCGAUUGCAAUCGUGACUGUAGCCAGGGCACUGAAGAACAGGGACAUGUAUGAGUGGCGUGAUGCCUUACAACAACUUAAAAGUUCAACAUCAACAAAUAUUGAAGGAAUGCAUGAAAAUGUAAUUUCAUCCUUGGAGUUGAGUUACAAUUUUCUGGAAAGUGCGGCAAAAUCUGUCUUCUUAUUUUGCUCUGUAUUUCCUGAAGAUUUCGUAAUUCCUGUCGAAGUCUUAGUGAGAUAUGGAACAGGAUUGAGAUGGUUCAAAGGUUUGGGGACAAUUGAAGAUAUUAGAGUCAGAACACAUGCUAUUGCAAUUUACAUCGGUUGUUGUGCACGUAUGAAGAUCUUUGGUUAUGGAGAACAACUAACACCAAAGCUCAACAAAGUUUUGGCAAUUUUUUACCUUGUUAAAGAACGAUGGAUGAGUAACCCUAACUCUACAAUCCAACAAUUGUUCGAAGAACAACAAGAGGAAAUUAGAGGACAAGAAGUAAAUGGCCAAGGAACAUCUUCCCGUUAAAAUCAACGGCGUUAGGCUCCCCGUCGAUACCACCUGCCCCAACCCUAACGGCUUUCAGCUCGACAUGAACAACAUUAUUCAUCCCUGUUUCCAUUCUGAAGAAGACAGUGAUGAAGCCGGAGAUGAAGAAGAAGAAGAAGAAGAUGAAGAAGGAUGAAAAUACAUCAACUCAAAAAUUAAGCCUUGCUUUCAGCUUCACAUGAACGACAAUUUUGUACUUGGCUACUGAAUUCCCUAACUCUUGCUCAUAUAGCUCUAAUGCCUAUUUAAUUUGUCAUACUGAUACAAUUCGAUUGUUUUUCUAAUAGAAAAUUGAGGUAAAAACAAGCUUGAAAACAGGUAUGUAACAAAUUGCCAUUUAUGUUUUCUCAUUAGUACAUUAUUUGUAAGCUCAAAUGACAUAAAUGCUUGAAUCUAGAAGAAAUAAUUAUGAAUGAGAAAGGAGAAAAGGCUGCUACUUGCAUCAACAGAGAAGGUGGUGUUCCUAGCUUAACUGAGAUGAAACUUGCUUUGUUACAGCCGAGGAUCUGGCAGAUGCAAUACUAGCAGCCUUACCUUCAGCAACCACUAUGUCUGUCUUCCUCAAAGAACAUCUCCAAUGACGAUGACAAUAAUUUGUGAGGUCUCGUUUGAGAAUUCAUGAUGAUGCCACUGUCUUGGGAUAGUGGGAUAAUUUUCCCUUCCAUGGCUUUAGUUUUGGCUUUAUUCAAAAGUAGUAUUUUGAGCAGGGGAUGAUACAAAAAGUGAACAAGCUAUCCACAUGAACCAGGAUUAGUGUAGCAAAGGCCUUGAGUAUUUUAAAUAUUUAUACUAUUUGAACAAUAAUUGGAUGUAAAAUGUUUUUUUUCAUUCUUCAGUGGCUUGAUUGCCCCUUAUCAUAAUCACAACAUACUUGGUUUAGAUUGAUAUCAGAAAAUUUUAAAGGAAAAUCCAGGGGAAAACAGAGCAUGGAAUUAUAGCUUGAGAUGAGCGUGGAAGUGCAGAAUAUCAAUCCCAUUCACAUCCCACUGAAAAUAAGGUUGGAGUGUUACCUCCAAAUCUUGGAGGACCAGAGACAGUCCACGAAGUUCAGCCAUUUUUGUUAAUUUAUUUGCAGAUCUGGCACAUGCUCUUAGAAUUGCCCUGGAAGCAAAGAACUUACUGUCAACAUCUAUGUUGGAAUGAGAUAUUGGUACCCGUUUACAGAGGAGAUUAAGAGACAAAAUUACAAGGCUCGUUGUGCAGCCACUUUAUCUGCAGUUCUCUAUCUCUACAAUUGGGUUAAGCAUCCUUGUUCUUGAGAAAAUAUUUAGGUGCUGCUUCCGUUUUAGAAUAUUCUCCGAUUUCUUGCCCGUGGUAAAUCAAUUUGUAUAUCAUGAACCAUUUCUGAGUGAGAAUAAUAUGUCAGGGAAGAUGCAUACCUAUCUAAGAUGCCUGUUUCUAUCAUAAGGUCCUGGUAUCACCAAGAAGGUUACAUCAAGUCUAUGGCUGACUUGAUUCAGAAAGAGUUGGGGAAAUUCUUAAAUCCUGAGGAGGUAAUGAUCUUCUUUAGUGGCCAUGGACUACCAGUUAGUUUUGUCGAGAAUGCUGGUGAUAUUUACUGAGACCAGAUGGAGUGUGUCUACCUAACCGUGCAGAACCUGAAAGGGCAAGGAGUUGCAAUGUGUGUUGGGUCAUUAAUUGUGUCGACAUAAGAGCAAGCGCAUUCCUUAAAAUCCUUGCAACAGCUAGUGGCUGGGAACUUUGGUCCUUUGCACUGGGUUGUGAGGAUGGUGAAGUCUAGAGACUUAAAGUCUGCAAGUAGGGUUGAAUUUAAGUCGAGCCCAAGCUCAAGCGAUCCCAAAAUGAGUCACACAUAAACGAGCUCAAGCCCGAGUUUGAGCUUUGAGCCAAACAGCUCGGCUCAGCUCACGAGCCAAGGCAGCUCGCCCAUUCUCAUUUCUCAAGCUGGGUGGGACGUUGUCCUUCUAGUCUUUUAAAAGAAGAAGCUAGAUUGAAAGAUUGAAAAUCCCAUAUGACUCUGCAUCUGUCAGUUCAUAUAUUGUCAUAUCUAUUUUCCAUGCAUGCAAAGAGACAGAGAUGAAUUGUUACUCAGAAGCAAAAGAAAACAACAAACAAAGCCUCUUCAGUGUUUAUUAGACCGAAGAAAUGAAUUGUAUGUUUAAACAGAAACUCAAAGCUAGUUGUGGCUGUGAGUAAAUAGUUCAUAAAAAUUACUUGUUUGGAUGUUGCAAAGAGAGAGGGAAUAAAUAGAAAGAAGCAAAACAAGAGCCAAGAAAAGAUGGGGUUUGAAUGAGUGGGUUAA